CUCAUUUACAGGCUGUCUUUACCGCUGACAACACUCUGGUUUCCGUUAGAGACGGACAGAGAGAGAGAGAGAGCGGAAAAGAUGAGAAGGGAAAUUCCAGCCUUGUUCACUUCUCUUCUCUGGGACGGCCAGGAGACUCGGCUGGGAGGAGAAAAGUGAGAUCAAGGCUUUCUCUUGGUCUUGGUUUUUUUUGUUUGUCGGCGCGUCUUGGACAGAUUGAGGACUGGUAACCAUUACGCACCGCACGGCUCUCUCCUGACCUCAGCCGCCUGUAUGGAAUUAUUGGACCAACGGUCACUGAAAUGUGUACAGACACAAGAUGCGGCGACUCAUCUCUGGCUUGGGAUUCCUGCUUCUCUUUAUUUACACCACAGGUAAUAAACUUGCUUCCUCGCACCAUGGCUGCGGAGGAUCCAUAGACCUCCAACGGGUCAAAAACGGUUCCAUCAAAUUCACGCAACCGGGUCCAGUGGCGGAGUACACCAGCGUCACCUACAACGACGGCAACACCGGGAAACCGUUGGAGUUGGACACGGCGUGCACCUGGGUCAUAGAUGUCCCUGCUGACGGGACAGUACGGCUGGAGGGGGUGUCUGUGGACGGCGGGUCGGAGGUCACGGUGCUCUGUGGAGCCAGCGGGGAGCGGCGGGGGUUGGUGGCCGGGGAGAGGGCUCUCCUCCUGGGCUGUGGGACAGCUGUAGUCACCUGGAGGGCCCUGAGACCCACCAGCUCUCGACACAACGUACAGCUGUUCUAUACAGGUCAGGAAGCCGUCUGGAAUUCCUCGGAGCGUCAAGGCCCCUGGAUGGGUGUGUCUUCAGUCCAACGCUCCUCCGAAAGCUUCAACGGCGACGGAACUCCGCGGAACGAGACCAAAUCCAUGUUGACUCUGGGGGGACGGAGGGGUGAGGGAGGUGAGAUGGGGAGCGGGAGGUGA